AGCAUCUUUUCGUUGGCUCGAUGUCGAUUCAUUUUCGAUUUUAAAAAGUAGUUCUUCAAUUUCAAUCGUUUAUUCGCUUGUACACAUUCAUUAGUGACACACACAGCUUCUCAGAAUCAGAAGAAGAGAACAGAGUUCCAAUAAAAUACGUGAUUUGUGCUUCUCUGACGCUGAGCUGAUCUGCAUAUCAAAGAAUUUGAAGGAAAAUUCCAAGAACUAAAAGAUGUCAUCGACUCCAAGCACCAGUAGUACCCCAACCAACAAUCCCACCACUCCGACCAACAACCUCGGCGCUAAUCUUGAAUUCGUCCGCGAAGAAGAUUUCGUUGAAUAUUUCAUUUUUCCUCCAACAAACAAAGACAACAACGAAGACGACGACAAAAACGAAACACACCUAGAAAGUCUUCUACAGAAAAUCAAAGCACAAGUGGACCAAAUCAGCGAAGACUAUAUAUGGCACAAGGAUGAAUUUAAUCUUACCAUUCGCACCGAAGCCCGGGAAAGUCUGAGGGAAGAGGAAAAUAACGAAAAACAAGUCCCUUUGCCUCCCCACUUACAUGGAAUUACCCAUUAUGGUGAUAAUAUUCAAGAUGAGUGGUUCAUCGUGCAUCUUCUGUACGAGAUCACACGUGAGAAUGCUGGAGUUGUGGCUCGCGUCGUUGAUGCUGAUGGUGAAUUUCUCGUUAUUGAAGCUGCCGAUUACCUGCCAAAGUGGGCCAACCCUGAUACAUGCGAACAAAGGGUGUACAUAGCCGAAGGUCACUUGCUGUUGGUACAGAACUCUCCUUCGAAUACUGCCGCUGUACUGUCCGUGGCCGGAGCGCUGUCGAAAAUCUCACAAAAUCCAACUCUAUAUAGGGUUUCCGCAAACAUCCAGAACUGCGUGGAUGAGCGUUUGAAUGAGUUCACAAAGGAACGCCGUCAAGAAGCUAUUCACACACAAGUUGCUCAUCUUCCCAUAGGUGUGGCUUCCAUCUUAGCCCAGCGGCCUUCGUUGAUAGCGCCUGCAUGCAGGGCCUUCUGCGAGAGGGAUCCCAUUGACAUGAAGGCCUGUCGGGCCAUGCGAUUCUUCCCGCCAGAGGAUAGAGUGAGGACGGCCGUGAAGUUCACACGUUGCAUCUAUGCUAUGCUGAUGCACAGUGCCUAUGUGCCGGAUCGUCGGACAGGGUGGAAUCUUGCAUCUGCCACUAGCCCAGAGGAGUACAAGGAGGACCUGUUGGGGGUAAAAAUCGCUUGCGGUUUUGAAAUCUUAGCCUCGCAGGCCAAGGAGAAUGGAGACCUUGAGAAUGAUUCAGCCUGGCGUGCUUAUCUGAGAAGUCUCGUCAGCAAAGGAUACUUCAAGGACAAUCUAGAAGGCUCAGCAAAGUACAACCAGCUGAUGGAGGAUGCCAAGUCGUUCUUCAUAGCUAACCGGUUGAGAUUUCGCACUAGGCCCGUUGUGGGCAAAGAAAUUGUCCAAAUGCUUCACUCCUUGGAUCCUGUUAAUGCAGAAAAGCUCAGGGAAGACGAGAGUAGCCUUCCACGGAGCGAUAGUGACUCUUGGCUGGAUAUAUCGUCCGAGGAACUGGAUGCGAUGCUGACCAAGAAAUAUGGCACAAAGAAGCUCUUCUCACCAGCCGGUGAUAUGAAUGCAAAGGAAUUUACAUCCAACAUCACAGACUUCUUGGACAGACAGUCAGAAUUUGAUGGAAUUGAUGACGAUGAACCGACUGUUGUGUCUCCAAGGAAGUCCACCAUGCGGAAGAAUACGUCGAUGAGAAAGGCUGUCAAGGAGCAUCCCAUUGCCGCUCCAUCACCAGACCAAUCGGUCAGUUUUGACCCCGAUGCGUUCUCAACACACGUGAAGAAUUUCCUCGACUUUGUGAUCCCCGAGGAUAACUGGGAAUCGAAUUCCGAGAUGAGUGACUACGAAGACGAGGAAGACCUAGAAAGGAAUAUAGAAGAAAUGACAAACUCCGAAAUGCACAUCGAGUCGGAUAUCAAAGCGUAUAUGAACCAGAUGGACAAAGAGCUUUCGAAGACGACCAUAGGCAAGUCCUUUGAAAAGAGCAGCGAAAAACGACCCAAAUCUUGCGGGGAGGAUGACUUCGACGACAUCGAGUCGUUCAAACCAAUCGACAUCAAUGUGAACACCCUUAAGAACAUGAUGGACAGCUAUAAGUCGCAGGUGGGUGGAUCUGGACCAGCAUCAAAUCUGUUAACUGCCAUGGGAGUUGGAAUGGGUAACUCAACGGCGUCAGUUAAGGCACCCAACAAAGAUGUAGAUUUGUCUGAAUCCACAGUAUAAUGAAAAGAUCCAGCCGACUUAAUUAGACUUUAGAUUUUUAAGUACUUACCAAUACCAUAAAUUGUAAAAGGUUUCCUCUCAGGCAUUUUACGACGAAUUUCCUUCAGCGGCACACAUUUCACGAAAAUAAUCGAAACACAACAAAAAAUAGCUUUAAAAACAUUUA